CUCUCCAUUUCACCAUAGGCCUCCCAUUCCAUUCUAUCCUUCACUAAAAACCUCACACUACCAUUCUUUAUAUCCGAGUUACUAUUCUGCAAGAUUCUAAUAAUGGAACUGCACAAAGAAAACACAAUUCCAUUUCCACAAUACUAUGAUGCUCAAGAAGAAGAACGAGAACGAGAAGAAGACAAUCUUUCUUUCAGUAACCUUGUAAUAGCUCAAAAUAACUCUGAAUCUAUUGAGGAGAGCCCAAGAAAUUCUUCGGCUCAAAUUGAUCAACUUUUCGAGUUUUUCACAGGCCUAACCUCCCAACCCUACUCCAACUCUGAUAUCAUUUCCCAUGGUAAACACGUAUAUGAACCAGAAGCAGAUGAGGAACUCAACGAGUACCAAAAGAGAGAUUAUUUCGCCACGGUAAAGUCUCGUUCCUUUCGUAAACCUUCUAUUCAAGAUGAUGAUCGUCUAGGACAGAAAGACAAUAUUAUGUCCAGGUUUUCGAGUUCUCCUAGUGACGUUUCUCAGUCGAAGUGCUCCUCCAGGGACUUGAAUUAUCAUGUGCAGAGGGUGAAUAUCACUUCUCUGACCUCCAUGUCAGCCAAGUCUAGGAGGAGAAUGUUCAUGUUUGGGCCGGUGAAGUUCAAGCCAGAAAUGGAGCUAGGUGCCAUCAAGCAGAGGCAAAGUCGACGAGUACCAGUGGUGAUGUUUCCGGCGGAGGCAGUGGUGAGUGGAUCAAGAGGAGGAAAGAGUGGUGGUGGGAGUCGUUGGGGGCUUGUGAGGGCGUUGAGAGGUAGAUCCCACCUUACAAACGUGUUGGCUAGGUCAUUUGGUUGCAUUCCUGUGGCAGGUGUUGAAAAGUUUAUUGGUGUGACCAAUUGAUAAUUAAUCUUUGAAGUUCUUGUUGAAUAAGGAUUGUUUUGUGUGUACAUGGAAUUUCACAAUUUUUUUUACGUUCACUACUAUUAAUUUUAUUCAA